AGAAGAAGAACAGAGAGAGAGAGAACAUUAACGCCGUUAACUUCAUCGUUACUGUAUGAAAGCAAAGCUAUGGUGUCGGACCAGGAAAUAGCUAGAGGUGUUGAGAUUUUGCUCCGUCAAUCGGACCCUAACGCCGUUACAUCGUUAAAUGGCGUCGUACAACAGCUCGGAGCAAAACUUGGACAGGACCUUUCACAUAAAGCGGAGUUUAUCAGUGAUCAGAUCAGUCUUCUCCGAUCACAGCCACCGCAGCUUAUUUCUCCUCCGUUGAUGGUUAAAGACCAUUUUACCCUCCUGAACCACCCACAAUUUGCUAAUACUCAAGCUCAACAACAGUUUUAUUCUCAUUUUGCCCUUCAACAACAACAUCAUCAUAACCAGCACCAGCAACAGCAGCUCUACUUUCAGCACCAUGUACCUCCACUGCUGUCUCCGCAACAGCAGCACCGGCAACCACCGUCACUGCAACCACAAGUGCAGAUACAAGCUCCGGCGCCGGUGGUGGUGAGAACAGCUGCUGCUCCAGCUCAACAUGCUUCGUCAAAUGUCGCUUAUGUCCCUAAGGAAAGUGCUACUUCUGGAACAAAAAGGAGAGGUGGACCAGGUGGUCUUAACAAAGUCUGUGGUGUUUCACCUGAACUUCAGGCUAUUGUUGGUCAACCCACAAUGCCCAGGACAGAGAUUGUGAAGCAGCUGUGGGUGUACAUCAGGAAACACAACUUACAGGAUCCUGGUAACAAGCGAAAGAUUAUCUGCAACGAUGCUCUGCGAGCACUCUUUGAAACAGACUGCACCGACAUGUUCAAGAUGAAUAAGCUGCUGGCUAAACAUAUCACGGCACUCGAUCCUUCAAAACAAGCUGAUCAAGCUAAAAGAUUGAAGGUUGAAGCUGAUUCUGUGGCUACUAAGGUUGAACAACCUGUCUCAUCCACUGUUACAAUAUCUGAUGCGCUCGCCAAAUUUUUUGGAAGUGAAGCAAAGGAGAUUCUCCAAACAGAUGCUGUGAAACGUAUUUGGGAGUAUAUAAAGCUUAACCAACUUGAGGAUCCUGUGAAUUCUACGAUGAUCGUGUGUGACACAAAGCUUCAGGAACUCCUACAAUGUGAAAGCGUUUCUGCCACAGAAUUACCUGAGAUGCUGGCAGGUCGUCAUUUUGUCUAGCAAUGACUAUACGUCUAUAUAAUUAUGGUAGGUAAAAAGCCAUGUUGCAUUAACCCAUUCAUAUGCACAAAUAAAUUUAAUCUUGGACAACCCCAGAAUUUCUUCUCGUUCGU